AAUAGCACGCAUGGUAUAAUUUUAUGAUCGAACAAUAACUUGUGUGGUAUAACUUUAUGAUGGGACAAUAGCUUGAGUGGCAUGCUUUUCCACUAGGACUUCGCCAUGCAACAUCCAGCAAGUCAAAGUGCCUAUACUACUUUGAAAUCGACCUUGCCAGUUUUAGGAACCUACGAGUAAUAAAGUUUAGGAUUUAUGUCACUCUAACGUUCGUUACAACUUGUUUCGGGAUGAUUUGGUCAUGCGGUUUGCGCUCUGUACUAACGUCUCGGUAGUCCCGGGUGUGAACCUCUAACCCCCUAAAGUCCUGCUGGAAGUUUGAGCUUGGCAGGUAUGACAUAGUCGCUGAAGUUAUUCAAUUCGUUUCAUUGAAACCAGUCUCUUAUUAGUUCAGGAUCUUCAUGUUUGACUAUAAAAAACAUUGUGAUUUAUCAGCGGUACACUAACAGAAAAUUCGCUAUUAUAUUUGGGCUGUUUUCUGUUUGACGGGUCAGCGAAAAAAAUGAAGGUCACAAUAGAUCUCGCUUGUCUUUUAUUUCUGAAUAAUGAAUAAUGCAAAUCUCAAAGGUCGAAAUGUAGGCAUUCUAUAGAAGGGCGUUUUCAGACAGAUGAACAGUACACGAGACAUUCCGAAGACAACAACACGUGCAAUAAAGAAUACGGAUAUCGUCAACAAGUCUACUGUUAUUUAUUCGGUCAUUGAGUGAGAGCUGAACCAAUGCUGCGGCAGGUCAAGAAAGUGUUUCUAGUACUGGUUGGUAUCUUGACAAUGACAUUUGUCGUUCAACACAUAUGGGUCACCUCUAAGAACGUGAGACAAGGAUUGGUAGCUUGGUCAAGCAAGGAAGUUCAGAGCAUAGAAAAAAAUCCAUGUAUUGAUCGGCGAGCAUCAGAAUAUAAUCGAGUCGAAGAUAUUUACUGCAUUGUUCUCCCAGAGUUCUUACCACAUUUAAAAAAUCCAUGUUUUUACGACAUAGUUCAGAACGGCACCAAGUCGCUUCGUUGUCUCCCUUAUUUUUAUAUCCUCGGCAUUGACAAGAGCGGCUCUACUGACUUUCACAACAGGCUUACAAAACAUCCUCAGGUCUAUGGGAAUCUGGGAACGUUGGAUAAAGAAACUGAAUUCUGGUCCUGGAAACGUUAUGGUUUUGCAUUUAAACGGAAAAUUGAACAAAGAGCUACUCUGGACUUCUACCUGGACUUGUUCAGUCCGUUGGCUGGGAACAUCACAGCUCGCAAUGAAACAAACCUUGUAACAGGUGAUGCCACACCAAUGGAUGUUUACGACUUCCGUGGAUGGCCAAUGAUACCGCAGAACGAAGGUUUGCAAGAGCCUCGAAUCCUAACGCCUCACUUGGUGAAAUACAUUCACGGCCAACAUCGUCCAAAAUUUAUAAUAAUCUUCCGGGAACCCAUUGAAAGAUUGUAUUCGGAUUACGUUUUCCUGAAGUAUGGGAAAGAUCCUGAAGAAUUUCAUCAACAUGUAGUUCUAGCCAUCACCAUGAUGAAAGAGUGUAUAGCAAUGUUCUCCAGAAGGUUUUGUUUCUUUGAUGACGACCUACUGCAGAAACUUCCGGUCAGGAUACACGUGAGCUGUUAUUCUGUGUUUUUAAAAGAGUGGCUCCAAGUUUUUCCAAGAAGUGUCUUCCACAUUAUCCGUACUACAGAAUACGCCAACGAAAUGGAGACGACACUCAAAGAAGCGUUUCACUUCUUGGAAUUGCCUUCGGUGUCUCCGGAUAUCAUGCAAGACAUGGUCAAUGAAGACCGUCGUCACGAGACAGCCAACAAAACCAGCACUGUGCUGCCAGAGACAAGGGCGCUACUACGUACCUACUACAGCACCUGCAAUGAAGAAAUGGCCGAGCUGCUGGAUGACCAAAGAUUUCUAUGGCUGGACCAUUACUCGUAAUAGUGGUCGUGAAAGAAUCUCAUUCAUGAUAGUGGGCGUGAAAGAACCAAUAGGCCUACUCGUGAUAUAAGAGUAGCUUAAUGUGACGCUAAAUGCCAAACACUAGAGCCAAAGUAAAAAACAACGGAAUGUUUGCUCUAGCUGGUGUUACGCUCCAAUCAAAACUCUUCUAUCUCAUGCGAGUUCGUACAGCUACUCGGCUUUACAGACGCUCUUCAAAGAACUGAAUAACGUUUAGAAAACAUUUAAAGCGUUUACUUACAAGGGGGAAAAUUGUUGUCGAGUCUUCUACUCUAAGCGUCUUUAUUGUUAUUCCUUCUAUCGUCUCUAAACAUGUAUCAGUGAAUUAAGUAGUAUGUGGUAUCGGAGCCUCGCUUUAGUAACUAGCGUCUCAUUUCCGGAAAAAAAAACACUAGGGUUCCUCACAUUUUUUUAAAAAUUGCUCUAUAUGGCGCAUCUUUCAUGCUUAUAGUAUGCUCAGUGCGCUAUGGUCCAAUCAUAUUUAUGGACUUGUGUGUGUGUGUGUGUGGGUAUAUAGAAGAAAGGUUUCCGUGUAGCCUCAUGCUCUCAGCAAACACAACUCAGCUCUAGUCUCUGUUUGAACACGAGCUGCCUUGAUUGCUAGCCAAGUGGUUAAUGCCACUCUGUCACACUUCCCAUGGUACAUUGCAGACUAUCCUUGUGGAUUUUCCCCAGGGUGAAUGAGUGGGCCAAUGUGCUCUUUGUGAAAAUCAAUUCGUUGAAGAAAAAAAGACAUUACCUGUGAAAAUAUUAUAGCAUUAAAUUGAAUACGAAAUUAUUGAAAUCAAAUAUCUGCUUCGAAAUUAUUGAAAUGAAAUAUCUGCUUCGAAAUUAUUGAAAUGAAAUAUCUGCUUCGAAAUUAUUGAAAUGAAAUAUCUGCUUCGAAAUUACUGAAAUGAAAUAUCUGCUUCAGCGCAACACAGAGAGAGAAAAGACUUGAUUCGUUACCAUCAAGUCAUGAUUUCGUUUCUUUGUUUAGAUCGCUUGACAACAGUCGUCCAUUUGUAUGAAUAAGAAAAACAAAAAAGACUUAAUCUAUCAUUGCAGAAAUAUCUUUCACAACACCUGGUUUAAUUAACAGGCACUUUGGAAGAAAACCCAAACCAAUUGUUUUAUGUAGUUAAAUUCAGACAUAGUUUCACAGACUAAACGCACACACACGCUGAAUGGGGUUUGUUGCUGAACAUAAACAUUAUAUAUGUGUCAGACGCGAAUAGCCCAAUUUUCAGUAAAAGAAAUUACAAAAGUCAUUUCUCUAUAGAAGAAGUUACGAAGGCUAUAUAAAAUACAACCACAGACCACAAUAAAUAUAGGUUUUUGAUUGCUAGUUACGAUUUAUUUAGGUAGGUGCUGUUAUACUAUUACAUACCAAGUAUUAAAGUUUAGAAAAAUCUAGGUUUGUUUCUUGUGCAACGCUAUUAGCUAACACCGCAUAUCAUCUCUCCAUUAGUAUAUUUAGAUCUAUAAUCUAAAUCUAGUCUAGAUCUAUAUAUAUAAAAAUCGAAUAGAUCUAGUAAUAGUAUAGAUUCUAUCUUGAGACUAGAUUGCCGAGUCUAGUCUAUGCUAUGCCUAUAGUCAGUUUUUAAUAGAAAAACGUCUAGAUAUUAAUAAAGACUAAAGUUUCUUAAUUAUUAGAUAUAGACAUAAGACAUAGAUCUAAUAAUACUGUUAUACGUUUACUAUACUCUAUACUUAAUCUACUAAACUAGAGAUCUAUCUAUAGAUCUAUCUAUAAUCUAGUCAGUCUAGAUCUAUACAAUAUUCAUUAUAAUACUUCUACUUAUAAUGACUUAUUUAAUAAGUUAGUACUUAGACUUAGAUAUAUUAUAGUUUAUUAAUAGAUUUACUUUUCAAUGCCUAGACCUAAUAAUAAAAUUGUGAAUGAUAUAUAUAAUGACUGAUUUUUUAAAUUUUUUUUUAUAAUAAUAGGCCUACUAAAUCUAGGUCUAGACUCUACUUAAAUCUUGUCUAAAAUAAUGACUGUCUAAAACUCUAGAUGAUUGAGAAAAGGUGUUUUUAAUAAUACGGCAUGUCGGCUGAAAGUAUAUAAAGUGCUUUUUUUUUUGUAAAAAUAAAAAAGAGGCUCCGGUACUCAGUGAUAGAUUGCCUAACUUUCAACUAAUAAUAAAUUAACAAUUAACGUUGAAUUACAAGAAAAGUAAUCAUUUUUCCCGACAUUGAAAAAAGGUGCCGGUACCCCGUACCAGUGCGUACCGUCACAAAAAAAAUAUAUAUCUCAAUCUUCUUUCAUUUAAUUUUUUUUUGCGGGGUUGUUGCUACUUAAUACAUUGAUACCGGAUCGAUUUAAAUAGGGCCUAAGUAUACCAGCAGGAUUUAGAGCAUUGGAUAAAUUUAUUUUAUAAGUACAAAGUUUUAUGGAAGAGGCAAUAUAUUAGUUGUUUGAAGUUUGUAACUUCUUAAAUUCAGGCUAAAAAUAUCGAAGCCUACAUUUUUACACUCAUUUCUAAACAAUUAGAAGAGAUGGAAUGACUCAUAGUGUACCUUGUGUACAUCUGCAAAAACACAAACUCAGUUAGACUUUCAUAACUAUUAAAAGAAAAACUUAGUGAUUAUUUUUACUGUAUAAUUCUAUUAUUAAUCCUUUUUAGAAUUAGGAAAUAAACAAAAAUUUGCCAUAUGACUUUAUCUAACAGUAAAAAAACAAAAACUUACGUCUAUUUAUGCGGUUAUUUAUAGUUACCUAGUAAUAUAAAAUAUAUUGAACUAACACGGACAUUCAUCAUAAUGCAGCCAUGCAAUUUUUCGUUUAUAAACAUAGCAUUAUUUAGGACCAAUAUUCUACAAAGGCUGCUUGGAGAAAUCAGGUAUACCCACUAGGAGAAAAACGACCCCUUUACUCAAGAAAAAUUUAAGAAAGUAGAACAGACACAAAAUAAACAGUGACAUUCAUAACAAAAUAAUAUUCAAAAUUGAUUAGAGUAACACCUUUUUAAGUAAUCAUUUAAAGUUUAAAAUCACUACAAUUUUUUCAACAAUUAUUUUGUGUAUGAAAUUGUGUAUCGGAAAAUGCCGGGUACUUGAAAUAAGCUGGUCCUAAAAAAACAACACAGAUCUUGGGUAAAAUACUCAUCAAAAGUACUGUAAAUGUGUAGUUUUACGCGCUAGUUUCAGGUCUUUUCUUUUUAUAACCUCUAUCAGGUUUGAUCACAACUACCCGUAUUUUUGUGCAGAAUUUUUUGCUCUAUCAGGCACACUUAAAAUUAUAGCAUAAUAAUGUCAGUUUAAUUUAAAGAGAGAACUGAAAAACGCAAAGAUAUAUAAGGAAAAAAGCCACUUCCGGCCCAAUACUUUUUAAUCAAAGAAACGAAACGGACUAGUCCAACAAACCCUAUUAUUCUAUCACGCAAACACGCGAAUAAUCUUACAUACGAUACCGCAGAUUGUUAUUGAACAUAUUAUAAGAAGGGAAACAACUCCAAUUUGUAGAUUCUUAAUUUUGCAUUUUUUUGAGUUGCCUCCUUCUGUUUAAACCUCAAUUAGAAAUAUUGCAAUAUGAGAAGUCUUUAUUUUUUUAUUAUUAAAGCGUGAAUAUUCUUUUUUACAUUUUUUUUAGGUUAAAAAAAAAACAACAACUAAAAAUACUUUUAAAAAAAAAGAGAAUACCACCUUUAUACAACUGAUAGAGGGAUUAUUUUCCCCUCAAAAACUAACAAAUGUUAGAUUUCCAAUAAUACACAAUGUAUUUUACCGCCUUAUUCUCUGCUCAAUAUAAAGGUUUUUCGCUCUCUAGCCAAAUUAUAAUUAAUUUCUUUUUAUACUUUCAAAAAUUAUAAAAGUCCAACUAGAGUUUUCCCCGUGUGGUCAACAAUCGAGUCAUUCUUUUCCUAACGUUAUACUCAAACUCAAAUUUCCAGAAAAUUUGAGAAACGCACCCACCCACCCACCCAUAAGGUUCCACUCCGAAAGUGUGACUUGAAUAGAGAUAUUGUAAUUAUAUAUAUAAACCUUUAUGGAUGUUACAGAUGUUUGCCUGGUCUUGUGCUAAGCGCAGUAAACAUUCGUCACGACGGUCCCGAGGUCAAAACUUACUCACUACUAUCCCCGCAGGAGAUUCUAGAAUAAUAUUUUUUUAAAUCUGACUGAACGUCAUUGAGCUGCACAGCAAACCACAAAUAUGUUCAACAAUGUGACAACGCGUCACACAUAUGAGUCUUUUAUCAUCACAAAGAUGGUAGUAGAGACUAGUACUUGUAAUACAAACCGAGUGACUCGUGUGUCAAUGUUUGUCAAUGUUGAUUGUAUGUACAUUAUUUAUUUGUAUUUAUUUCCAUUUCUAUUCAGUAUUAUGGAUUGUUAGGCUGACACACACACACAAAAUUAUUGUUAUUAAUGUAUUAAUGAUCCCAAUGUAAUUUGUAUUAUGUCUAAUAAACAAUUUAAAAACAACCAAGGAGAGGAAACAAAAGGUAAUUGAUUCAACU